AUGGAUGUUUCUCUACCAUACAAGAAAAUAGGUUACUCUACCAAGAAAAUAACAGUUGAUCCCAAGGGGCACCAUGGAUGUUUCUCUACCAUACAAUCUGCUAUUGAUUCCAUACCUUCAAACAAUAGGUAUUGGACUUCCAUCAAUAUUAAAGAAGGCAUCUACAGGGAGAAGUUGAAGAUUCCUUAUGAUAAACCCUACAUUAUUAUACAAGGAGCGGGGAUGAGCAAGACAAUAGUUGAAUGGAAUGACCAUGCAACUACUUUACAGAGCCCUACGUUCUUCACCAUGGCUGACAAUAUUGUGGUCAGGUUUAUUAGCUUUAGGAAUUCAUACAAUAAUCCAAGAAAUAGUAACCCAUGGGCCCCUGCCGUAGCUGCGAUGGUAAGUGGUGACAAGACUUACUUCUAUAAUGUCGGCUUCUUUGGUUUUCAAGACACUUUGUGGGAUGAUCAAGGAAGACAUUACUACAAGAAUUGUUUGAUUCAAGGUGCUGUUGAUUUCAUAUUUGGUGCUGGCCAGUCUAUAUAUGAGGAGUGUUCUAUAUCUGUAAUUGCUUCUGCUCUAGGUCAAGGGAUUGCUGGUUUUAUUACAGCACAAGGGAGAACAGGUGAAAAUGAUGCAAAUGGUUUUGUUUUUAAGAAUUGUAAUGUGUAUGGAGAUGGAACAACAUACUUGGGAAGACCAUGGAGAGCUUAUGCUAGAGUUCUAUUCUACAAUACCAAUAUGUCCGACAUUGUAGUACCUACUGGUUGGGCGCCAUGGUAUUUCGCCGAUCACGAGAACUACAUACAAUUUGCAGAGUAUGGAAAUAUUGGAGCUGGUUCUAAAACAAACAAACGAGUGAAAUGGUUGAAGAAGUUGGAUUGGACAACCGUUAAUAUAAUGGCGAGUGACAGUUUUGUUGAUAAUGAAGGAUGGCUUAAGAUAGCUUCAGAAAUUUAG